AAAAUAAAAAGAAUUGCACGUCCUAUUUUAAAAUUUUUUUUUUUUUAACAUAAAUGCUACGUUUUUAAAAGACAGUAACUGAAGGCAGCCGAACCGUGCAGCAAUUUGGUUAGCGACCGCCAUUUAGGAUUUAACUCUGUACUCAAUACCUCACGAAACGCUGCUGGCCAAUUAAACCAAAAACGAUGGCGUUUAACGACUUUUUCGCCGGAGAAAUCGCAACGGAACUUCUUAAACAGUUAAUCACCAUCUCCCGCAAGUCCUGCCUCUGCAAAUCGAGUGCGGACAAUCUCAUAACAAGCAUCCAUGAACUCCUUCCCAUCAUCGACGAAAUCAAAUACUCCGGCGUCGAACUCCCCGCCCUCCGCCAAUCUCAACUCGACCGUUUCUCCGAGACCCUACGUGGCGGCCUUGAAUUGGCCCGAAAAGUCCUCGCCUCCGGCCGUUGGAACGUCUACAAAAACCUCCAGCUGGCCAGGAAGAUGGAGAAGUUAGAGAAACAAGUCGCGAGGUUCGUGAGCGGGCCGCUGCAGGCUCACUUACUGGCUGACGUGCACCAUAUGCGUUUCGAAACGAUGGAGCGGUUCGACCGGUUGGAAGGCCGGUUGGAGCAAAGACUCAAUUCAAUGAAGAUUGGAGGUGGAGGGUGGGUGGAAGAAGCAGUUAAGAGAAUGGAAGUUGAAGAGGAGGCUAGUUUGGCAAUCUUGGGUGGUGUUAGUUUGGAUUUAGGGAAAAGCGAGGUUAAAAAAAUGAUUAUCGGAAGAGAUGAUUUAAACGUUGUUGGAAUUUGGGGCAUUGGCGGAUCAGGAAAAACUACUUUGGCUAAUGAACUUUGUAGAGACAAUCAAGUUCGAAGUUACUUCAACAACAGAAUUUUGUUUCUAACUGUAUCACAAUCACCGGAUCUGGAACAAUUGAGAGCGAAAAUAUGGGGAUUUAUUACAGGAAAUGAGGCCAUGGGUUAUAGUAAUAACUUGUGUGUUCCACCAGGGAAUUUACAGUGUCAGUGGGGAAGUGGACCGCGAACUCUGGUUGUUUUGGACGAUGUCUGGUCGUUGUCCGUACUCGAACAACUGAUUUUCAGGAUACCAACGUACAAAACCCUGGUAGUUUCGAGGUUUAAGUUCCCAACAAGUGUUGUUAAUGAAGUUUAUAAAGUUGAGUUGUUGAAGGAAGAUGAAUCAAUGUCCUUGUUUUGCCACUCUGCUUUCGGGCAAAAAUUGAUUCCUCCUACUGCCAAUGAGACGUUGGUCAAGCAGAUUGUUAAUGAAUGUAAAGGACUUCCUUUGGCACUUAAAGUGAUUGGAGCUUCUUUGCGAGACCAGCCUGAAAUGUGUUGGGUUAGUGCGAAGAAUAGGUUAUCUCGAGGAGAACCGAUUUGCGAGUCUCACGAAAACAAAUUGCUUGAGCGGAUGGCAAUAAGCGUGGAGUACUUGAACAAGAAGGUUAAGGAAUGCUUCUUGGAUCUGGGAUCGUUUCCAGAAGAUAAGAAAAUUCCCCUUGAUGUUCUCAUAAAUAUGUGGGUUGAAAUUCAUGACAUCGAUGAGGAAGACGCUUUUGCUAUUCUUGUUGAACUUGCGGAUAAGAACCUACUCACUUUGGUGAAAGAUGCAAGGGCUGGAGAUGCUUAUAGCAGUUACUAUGACAUCUGUGUUACUCAGCAUGAUGUGUUGAGGGAUCUUACUAUUCAUCUAAGCAAUCGUGGAGAUGUGAAUGAGCGAAAGCAGUUACUUAUGCCUAGAAGAGAUACAGAUCUUCCUAGAGAAUGGGAAAGAAAUACAGAUCAGCCAUUCAAUGCUCAGAUUGUUUCAGUUCAUACAGGAGAAAUGAGGGAAAUGGACUGGUUCCGCAUGGAGUUCCCUAAAGCUGAAGUACUCGUUGUGAAUUUUUCCUCCAAUGAAUACUUCUUGCCUCCUUUCAUAGAUGAUAUGCCCAAGCUUAGGGCACUUAUUGUGAUAAAUUAUGGUACAACUGAGGCGACGCUUCAGAAUUUUUCAGUUUUUACUAAUCUGGCAAAUUUGCGGAGCCUAUGGCUUGAAAAAGUGUCCGUUCCUCAGUUGUCCAAUGCCACUGUUCCAUUGAGGAACUUGCGGAAACUAUCUAUGGUUCUAUGCAAGGUUAAUAAUAGCUUUGAUCCAUCGGUGCUAGACAUGCCCCAGAUCUUCCCUCGUCUAUCAGAGCUCAUAAUUGAUCAUUGUGGUGAUUUAGUUAAGCUGCCCUUAAGCAUUUGUAAGGUGAAUUCACUUCACAGUCUGAGCGUAACCAAUUGCCACCGAUUAUGUGAAUUGCCUGCUGAUUUGGGUAUGCUGAAGAAACUACAGAUACUUAGGCUGUAUGCUUGUCCAGAACUUAAGGUGCUCCCCUCCAGCAUUGGCGAGCUAAUUGGGUUAAAAUACCUUGACGUUUCACAAUGCGUUAACUUGAGGUGCCUACCUAAGGAGAUAGGUAGAUUAACAAGCCUGGAAAAGAUAGACAUGAGGGAGUGUUCACUGAAUCUGAAUCUACCAACGUCGGCUGCCUUGUCGAACUUGAAGUCACUGCGUCGAGUUGUAUGUGAUGAUGACGUUUCUGGGAGUUGGAAAAAUGUGAAGAAGGUCAUUCCAGACCUUCAUGUUCAAGUUGCAGAGAAUUGGUACAGUUUGGACUGGCUUAAUGGCUGAAACAGGAUGGGUAUCUGGCUGUCGAUGUUAAUAUUAAUGUACAUAAUUUUAAUAAUUGCAAUGUUUGUUAGACUUGGUGCUGGUGGAUUACAUUCUUUAUAUUACUGCCUCUUUUAUGACUUUCUCAGGCUUCUUGAUGUAAGAUAGCUCAUGACUUAAUAAAUUUGUUGGAUCCUGGCUCUGAACAUUGUUGUGCACCGAUUUCUCCUGUAGAAUCAGUUACAAAUAUUAGAAUUAUAUGAAAACCUUGUGUCCUUUCUAACAAAGGGUAACAAUUUUUUUGUUUGUCAAGUCAAGAAGAGGCCCAGCGAUGUAUAAAAGUUACGCCAUGAUUGAGGAUUAUGUUAUCAUCUAAGAUAGUGAUAGGCGGCUAGGAAGCAUUAGUGGAUAGCUUAGGGAACCAUGCUUUUCGUGCAUGGUUCCAAUAGUUAGGACUGGAAUAUUCUAUCAAUUCGAUGAAUGUAGACCAGUUCUGACCAUAAUUGUCCGCAAAAGGAUUGGAUACAAAUUCAAUUCCUCGUUUUAAUCCUGCUCCUAAACCCUGUUUUGCAAAAUCUUCACAACGCAUUCAUCAAGUAAAAAUCAUCUGUUCUGCAGAUGGAAUCAAGUCUUUUUGUCGGUUUGCUUACUUUAGAGUCCAACUGACAAAAGCGGCAAAAGACCCUUUCAUAAGGGAAGAAAACGAGUGAAGAGAUAGAAACGCGUGGAUCCCACAAAUUAGAUUUUCCAAAAUAAAAUCUACCUCAGAGUGAGGGCUUGGCCUGUUGCUUUCCCCAGUUAUUCUCAUGGAUUUCUUGUCGCUAUGCUAGCUGCUAGGCAAUGAAGCAUGAAAUGCGUUCACACUUCAAUCCUUUUUAUACUGUUUUAAAUGAACUUAAAGUACUUCACAAAUCCAUGAUUGACAAUCUAAACCAAAACCCAUUAAUAAUUUUCAGUUAAAUUUUGCGUCUUAGUCAUCAGUGAUGAAAAACAUGAGUUAGUGUGAUGGAAUAGUAGAAAGCCAUUCAUUUUUUAAACUAUUUUGGCCUAACUGGUUAUUAUUAAUCAAAGUCUUCCUUGACUAAGAAAUCCCACAAUGACCCCCACUUUGUUAUACUAAGGCGGCUCUAGAAGUUCUGUAGAUGAUAAUUGAUG